GGGGCCGGGGCGCCGGCGGUUGGCGCGCGGGCUGGCAAUGCCGGGGCCCGGGACCCGGGCGGAGGAGGGCAGCGGCGGCGGCGAGGGCGCGGCCCCGGGAGCCACGGCGGAGCCUGGGGUAGGGCCCGGGCGGGAGCCAGCGCGGCUGUGCGGCUACCUGCAGAAGCUGUCCGGCAAGGGCCCGCUGCGCGGCUACCGCAGUCGCUGGUUCGUGUUCGACUCGCGCCGCUGCUACCUCUACUACUUCAAGAGCCCGCAGGACGCUCUGCCGCUCGGUCACCUGGAUAUUGCGGACGCCUGCUUUAGCUACACCGGCCCCGACGAGGCGGCCGAGCCCGGCGCCGAGCCGCCCGCGCACUUCCAGGUGCACAGCGCGGGAGCCGUCACGGUGCUCAAGGCCCCUAAUCGUCAACUCAUGACUUACUGGUUACAAGAGCUUCAGCAGAAGAGAUGGGAAUAUUGCAACAGUCUCGACCUGGUAAAGUGGGACAGCAGGACCUCCCCGACUCCUGGGGAUUUUUCUAAGGGUCUUGUGGCCAGAGAUAACACAGAUUUAAUUAACCCACACGCAAAUGCUUCUGCGGAAAAAGCCAGAAAUGUCCUAGCUGUGGAAACUGCCCCUGGAGAGCUGGUGGGAGAGCAAGCUGCAAAUCAGCCCGCCCCAGGACAUCCAAAUUCCAUCAACUUCUCUUUGAAACAAUGGGGCACUGAGCUCAAAAAUUCAAUGUCUUCUUUUCGUCCUGGAAGAGGGAAUAAUGACAGUCGGAAGAGUGUGUUUUAUACCAGUGAAGAGUGGGAGCUUUUAGAGCCAAGCCCUAAGGACCUGGAGGAGUCCAUGGUACAGGAGGAAAGGAAGAAGCCAAUCGCCGAAGGGAACAAAGGAGUAACGGGCUCAGGAUUUCCCUUUGAUUUUGGACGUAUUCCCUACAAAGGAAGGCGCCCUUUGAAAGACAUGAUUGGAUCAUACAAAAAUCGUCACAGCAGUGUUGACCCUUCAACUGAGGGGACAUGGGGCAGUGGUGGUGCCAACAAGUUGGCCUCUGAGAUGCAGCUGCAGGUCCAGAACCAGCAGGAAGAGCUGGAGAGGUUAAGAAAAGAUUUGUCCAGUCAGAAGGAGCUUGUGCGGCUGCUGCAGCAGACGGUGAGGUCCUCCCAGUAUGACAAGUACUUCACGAGCAGCCGCUUCUGCGAGGGGGUCCCGCAGGACAAGCUGGGGCUUCUGCACCAGAAGGACGACCAGAUCCUGGGCCUCAGCAGCCAACUGGAGAGGUUCACCCUGGACAAGGAGAGCCUUCAGCAGGAAGUGAAGACACUGAAGAGCAAAGUGGGCGAGCUCAGCGAGCAGCUGGGGAUGCUGAUGGAGACCAUCCAGGCCAAGGACGAGGUCAUCAUGAAGCUCUCCCGGCAGCUCAGCGAGUGCGAGGGCAGCGUGUCUUCUCCCACGUCCACGCCCAGCUCUCCCGUGGCCGCCCCCUCCGGCCGGGACCAGUUGGAGCUGGACAAGCUGAAAGAUAAUCUGCAGGGGUACAAAACCCAAAAUAAAUUUCUAAAUAAGGAAAUUUUAGAACUCUCAGCUCUACGGAGAAAUGCAGAAAGAAGAGAGAGGGAUUUGAUGGCAAAGUAUUCUAGCCUGGAAGCCAAGCUCUGCCAGAUAGAAAGCAAAUAUUUGAUACUGCUCCAAGAAAUGAAGACCCCAGUUUGCUCAGAAGAACAGGGGCCGGCUCGGGAUGUCAUAGCGCAGUUGCUGGAGGACGCUCUGCAGGUCGAGAGCCCCGAGCAUCCGGAGCAGGCGUUCGUGAAACCUCAUCUUGUCAGUGAAUAUGACAUUUAUGGGUUUAGGACCGUCCCAGAGGAUGACGAGGAAGAGAAGUUGGUCGCCAAAGUCCGGGCAUUGGACCUGAAGACUCUCUACCUCACAGAAAACCAGGAGGUCUCCACAGGGGUCAAGUGGGAAAACUACUUUGCGAGCACAAUGAACAGGGAAAUGAUGUGCUCCCCGGAACUAAAAAACCUGAUCCGAGCAGGCAUUCCCCACGAGCACCGUUCCAAGGUGUGGAAGUGGUGUGUGGACCUUCACACCAGGAAGUUCAAGGACAGCACUCAGCCUGGUUACUUCCAGAACUUGCUCCAGAAGGCGCUGGAGAAACAGAACCCGGCCUCCAAACAGAUCGAGCUGGAUCUGCUGCGGACUCUGCCCAACAACAAACAUUACUCGUGCCCCACCUCAGAAGGCAUACAGAAGUUACGCAACGUCCUGCUCGCCUUCUCCUGGCGGAAUCCAGAUAUCGGCUACUGCCAAGGUCUAAACAGAUUGGUGGCCGUGGCCCUCCUGUACCUGGAGCAAGAGGACGCUUUCUGGUGUCUAGUCACCAUAGUGGAAGUUUUCAUGCCUCGAGACUAUUACACAAAGACUCUUUUAGGAUCCCAGGUGGACCAGCGGGUGUUCAGAGACCUCAUGAGUGAGAAGCUGCCUCGACUGCACACCCACUUUGAACAGUACAAAGUCGACUACACCCUCAUCACGUUCAACUGGUUUCUGGUGGUGUUUGUGGACAGUGUCGUUAGUGACAUCCUCUUUAAAAUAUGGGACUCUUUCCUUUAUGAGGGACCAAAGGUUAUCUUCCGCUUUGCCCUGGCACUUUUUAAGUACAAGGAAGAGGAGAUCCUGAAAUUGCAAGAUUCCAUGUCCAUAUUCAAGUAUCUCCGGUACUUCACGCGCACCAUCCUGGAUGCUAGGAAGCUGAUCAGCAUCUCCUUUGGGGACCUGAACCCAUUCCCCCUGCGCCAGAUCCGGAACCGGCGUGCCUACCACUUGGAGAAGGUCCGGCUGGAGCUGACAGAGCUGGAGGCCAUUCGGGAGGACUUCCUGCGUGAACGGGACACCAGCCCUGACAAGGGCGAGCUGGUCAGCGACGAGGAAGAGGACACCUGAGCGCCACCCAACCCCCACCCACCCCGACGCUGCUCUUCUUGCCUUCACAACCAAAGUGUGCCAAAAAGGUGAAUAGCGGGGACGUGUCUGCUCGUUUCAAAGCCCGAAUGUCACAUCCGUGGUCUCUGGACGUCUGCUGGGCAGAUGUCAGAGCCACACUGCACUUUCUCAUUCCCACUCGGGGUGGGGGCUCGUCUGUUUACAGCCAUCCCCACGCCGCGGCCUCUGGCGCUCGCAUUGCCCUGCUUUCUGCCUGGUGGGUCAUCACCAGCUUACAGUCAGCUGCUUCCAAGAGUCUGUUUACAGCAUCUGUCGGCUGUGUUGCUGUGUCUUGCUUAGAAAACCUUACCUCGGCCAUCUCCCCCUUGGUGUCCUGUACCUGGUGGGCGGCCGUGGGUGUUUUUUGAAUGGCUGCCAGGGAGGAUGCCCACUGCACUUCAGACACUCCUGAGCCAGAGUCUGACUGCUUCCGGUGGCAUAAAGGUUGGUGGGAAAAAACCUUAGGAAAGCAAGCACAUCCCGUGUGCCGAAGCAGCCUGUGGAAAUUCUGUCCACAGGCCUUCUUUCUGCUGGCGGCUCCACACGGCCAGCCAUGCCCCCGUUUCUGGCGCAGCGUUUCCCCUCUCAUGCACAGCCUCCAGACACCCCCACCCCGCAACUCACUCCGCCCACACGGGCCACGAGGCUCUGUGCAAAGCUCCCCUUUCCAUCUGAGUGUUGACUCUUGGCUCCUUCUUCACAUGUGGAUGGGAUUCCAAGGAACCUGUGGGUCAUGAGCCUACAAAGCAGCCCCCUACCCCCCCACCCCGACCCCUGCCAGGCUUGGCUGAGGGAGGAAGCUUCUCUGGGGGCGCUCUGCAGGGCAGUGGUACAGUGGCAGUGUGAACGCUGCUGGACUGCUGGACCCCACGGCUUCCUCGGGAAGAGCCCGUGCUCAGUGUCUCCGCCAGGCCAGGGUGGCAGGGAGGCCACUGCCAGGACCUGCAGCUGGGAAGACUUUGCUUGGGGUCAGAGCUUUGCAGAGCCCUCCCGGACGUGUCCCCUUCCCACCACCACACAGAAGCAUCCUGUUCUCGGCAGCUGUCCUCCCCUCCCUGAGGCAAGGCAGCCCUCCCCUGUGGGGCGCCUGUUGUCCCCAGCAAGUCAGGCUGCCCAGGUAGUGCUGGGACUUUGAGCACCACCUUUCUGAAGGCCUGGCAGGGGCUUUGUGCAGUGGAGGUUGUUCUUGCUUAAUCACUCUGUGGACCAGCCUGAUGUGUGAGAGCACGAUUCCUGGACAGUAUUACUCAAUAGGAAAGAAUAGGAAAGAAACGAUUUUAAAUGGGUUUUUUUGUUUGUUUGUUUUUACACUACCUGGAAAAACUUGGAAAUAAUCCUUAGCUGAUAUUAAACAUGCGUAGACUAUUGAAACAGUGUAAUCUGAAGAAGUGCCUUUUUCAGAGCAUGGUUCUUAAGUGUCGGUCUUCUAGCAGUUAGCAUAGUAAGGAUUGAGCUUAGCUUUUCUGUUUGGUUAAGCUGGUUAAUUGGGUUUUUCACUGUAUAGAGGGAGUUGGCCUCUAUAUGUAGCCAAAAGCUUUAGUCUCUUUUCGAAUAUCAGAAAUGUGUUUUCUCAUUGUUUUGGUCUCUGGGAGUAGCUGUCUGAGGUUGUCAGGAGGAAGCUGCCUUGGGAGUUGGGUCGCUCCAAGGCAGAUGUUGCAGCCUCACUUCUAUGCGCAGACCCCCGCAGGACCACUGGGCUGCAGCCCACCUCCCACAGCUGCCGUCAGCCUAGGGGACAGUAGCCCAGGAGGUGCAGGAAGAGUGGAGCUGGGGUCCCACAGAUCAGCUCCAUCUUCCUUGAGACUUUAGUUCCCAAGUUGAUUUUCCCCCUGGGACUGCCACGUCCUGGGGGCUGAACGGCUGCCCAUAGGAACAGAACCGCCUUAAACGCACCUGAAUUGGGCCCAGGAGCCUGCCGUGUAUGGCUAGAGCCCAGUGUGUGGCCAUUCCCUGAGUGGUGGUGGGGUGUUACCCAGGCGAUUACUAUCAGUGACCAGGCAGCUGGCAAGGGUGAGUGGAGAGAUGGGGGAGGAAAGGGGCCAGGAACGCUUUCCUGGAGGGUCUCCUCUGGAAUGAAGCACUGGGUGUCCAGGGGGCGGGAAUGCUUGGCCCUACUCCACUCGGGGGAAUAGGAUGGAGCCCACUCCUUCCUCUAGAACCGUAGGGCUUGCUCCCCCUCCCCUUGUGCCGCUGAGGAACGAGCUGCUCGGUACCCUUCGUGCGCCCGUCGGGGGCCCUCUGACAGGGGCUGCCUCAGCCCGGGGCCCCUGCAAGGUGGGCCUUGCAGCCCACAGCCUGCUUCCCAGAUGCACACUCCAUGCCCAAGGGGAGCCGCCCUCAUCACACCAGGUGGGCACCUCCAGCUUUCCUCUUGGUGGGUUUUUGUUUUUUAUGGGUUGAACAUUUGUUAAUACUUUUUACUUUUGUAUAUUUUCACUACAGUUUAUUUUUUUAUAGGCUAUUUUUAUCAAAGUUUUCUAGAUUAUGUACGUCUAUUUUAUAUAACAAAUUCUUCUGUGUGCACGACUCCCUCAUAUGUAUUUAUGUAAACCUGAGCCUCUGGAAUGCGCUUCACCUCUGUGCAGUCUCUGGCCUCUAGCUGGACCGUCACUGACGUCCCCUUUUGUGUGUGGGGGCCCACUUCGUACCCCAGGUAGCCGUGGGCUACUUGCAGUCAUGCUGACAGCGGUCCGGCAGCAGCCAAGACUGUUGAUUGCUGGGAACAAUCCUGGUUUCAACUACAUUAUAUCGAUAUAGGAAGUAUUCCAGGCAAAUAGCCAGUCUGGGUUUAACUAAAUGUUUGUAUUAUUGCACAAAUCCCUCCUCGCUUUGCACAGUGCUGCCUUCCUGCUUGCGUGCUGGGCAGCUGGGUCUGCCUGGGGCUGUCCUCGCAGGCAGGAGGCUGGGUGCGGCACUGGAGGCCUCGGGGCAUUGCCAAGUGACCCUUUCCUUCUUGUCACAGCAGCUUCUGUGCUUACCUUCAGGUUAAAUUUUGGAAUUGUCAUACUAAAAGGCAAAAUAAACUACUAAUUUGUA